AUGUUGUUGUUCUUUGCAAUCAUUGUCCUUUCUAAUGGUAUUAUUACUCCUACAACUACCCCUGCACAACCUAAUGUGACUUCUUCUAAUAAUACUGUUCCUGUUAACAAUACCAUUAAUAAUACUACUACUCCUGUUAAUACCACAAAAACAAUUAAUCCAAUUCAAAUGGCUAUUAACAAAAUAAAGAAAGAUGUAGCUUCAUCAAAUAAAACAGUUAAACCUUCAGAAAUUAAGGAACAAACAAAAAAAUCACUUGAUGAUUUAAAAAAGAAGAAGUUUGAAGUAGAAGCAAAAAAAAUAGCUGUUGGUAAGGCAGAAAAAAUUAAUGAAAAGAAUAAAAAUAAAGAACGAAAGGUUCGUGAAUUAAAACAAUUACGAGAAAAACAAAAAAAAUUGGAAGGAUUUAAUAAAAGAAUUCAAACUGAACAAAUGAGGGACUAUUUAAAGGAAAAAGAAAUUAUCAAAAAGAGAUAUAGAAAACAAAUUAAACAAUUGUAUAGCGAUAUGACUACUCAAACUGUUGAUUAUCCUUCUAAAUUUGCAAAAGAAAUUAAAAAAAUUAUUGGUUAA